AUGUCUCGAGCGAUCGCAUAUGGAACUUUGAAUGCAGUGCAAAACGAAAUAGUUGUCAUCUCUUCAAGCCAUGAAUCACAUCAAUCCGACCGCGAAAGCGGCGAACGCACUCCUCUCGGAACACGCAGGAGGCGAGUGAGAAGGACCAAUGAUUGCUGUUGCGCAAGGUGCUGCUGCGUACUAGGUUCAAUCUUGAUUGUUGGACUGGUUUGCUUCGGCCUCUUCUAUCUCUGGCUCGUGUCAACCGUGUCAUGCUAUUCAAAUUUUCAUCCGCCGCGCCAGGUGAGGCGGUAUUCCGACUUCAAAAAUCAAUCGUUCACGGUAGGGUUCGACUUGAGUGCUGGCUAUGGCACUGCUUCUGUGUCUUUCUUCAACGGCACAGUGGUCGACGUUGCUCGAGUCGAUUCAACUGAACGCUACAACGAGGUUCUGAACAUAUUGUCCGACCCAUCAUCUGCUCAUCCGAGUCCGCCAUACUACAAUUGCGCUCAUUCAUUCAAUGAUAUCUCAAGGCAAUGGGCUCGCUAUCUCCGAAAGAAGAAGGGGCAACCAGCUUCACCUGAAGUCGCUGCGCUUAUUGACGUGCUUGGGCCGUUGAAAGAACAAGUCGACAUCUUUCUGGUCCCCUAUGGCACACUUGAAAUGGCUUUCAUUACAGUGCCUGACUUCCCUGCCAUUUAUACGGAAGAUUUGCAUGACGCAGCGGAACAUGUCAAAUUUCAGCUGCUUACCUUACCCAAUUAUCGUUCAGGAGACCAAGCACAAUGGCCUGUAAACGAAUUGAAUGCUGCUGUUACUGGUAAUGGCAUUGGAUUAAGUAGUAGUAUAGGCGGACGAAGCGACCCGCGUCAUGAUAACGAGGCAUCGUUCCGGUAUGACAACGACAACACUUUCUUAGUUCUUUAUACUCAGACGGUGUUGACUGCCUUCACCGGACCAUUCGGAGUCUCCCAUGGAUUGUCCAGCCAUUAUUACGCCGCGGCUGGCAUAAGAAAUUUCAGUAUGGGUUUGUCACAAUGCUCACAAGGACCAGGACUACAGUCUUAUGAGUGUCCCAAGGACUCACCAUACUGGGAAGAGCUUCGACAAAAUCUACGAGCCGGUCUGGGAUCUUAUUGGCCCCGCGGUCGCGACCUGGCACGCGUUAUUUCGUGGGGAGAGAGCGCACAUAAUGAAGUAUUCACAGCUGUGUUGGAGCAGGAGGUAAUUGCUGCUCAAAGUGAUCCGGAGAACCGACCCCAGUUUUACAGUGAUUCUCCUGUGUUCUCUCCUGCCAGGGGAGCCGCGGAGUUCGGGAAGAUUUGUGCCUAUUCGACCAUUUCUUUCGCUUGCAUACCGGACAUACAUGCAAGGAUGCAAGGCUGGUAA